AAGAGAUUCAGUUGAACAUCGGCAGCUCAACCGGUACGGACGUGUUUUUCCUGGCAGUGAAUUUUAGAAGUUGAGUGAGUGGCGAGUCAAGCGACGAAUUACCAAAAAUAUAUAUAAACUUUUUGUUUUCAAGCUCAUGGAGGUUUUAUGAGCUGCUGGUGUGAUGUGAAAAGUUGCCCUUAGAGGCUAAGCAAAUACUGUAUCUUAACCGCAUUGACCACGCAAUGGAUGGGAUUACCGCGUUCAAAUGCGUGCUGCUGAUAAUCUUCUGUGUGCUAUUGAAAGCAGUUCGUGUUGUGCCUUGACAUGUACACUAGCUUGAAACGAAAAACAAAGAGUCUACUUUUCACAUAUCCUACUUUAAAUAUGUCGUAUCGGCAUCAAUGGAGAGUACUUCACAGUUGAAUGGAUGAGAAGAGGCGAAAGUUUACAUGUCGGUUCACAUCACCAAUCUCGAAGUGCCACGUACAUACAUCCUCGAAAGGGAGGAUUUUCUUACCGCCAGUUCUUCAGGACACCAAUGGGGGGAGCACCAACGUUUCGUCCGGGAUGAGCAUGAGGCAGACCGCACCACCCCUGAAGCGUUGAAUGGACGAGCCAACUUUAGAGCUAGCACUAACAUAAGCUAUACUAACAGUAGCACUGCCGCGGUCAAACCGCUCAUAAUGGACUGCCAGUACGAGAUCAAGGCUAAUGAGUGUGGUUUUGUGCUCAAGUGGUACUUCAACCGAAAGUUGAUAUAUCAGUGGAUACCGGCAAGGAACCCCAUCGGAAUGAACCAAUUUAAAGGGGAACUCCGAACCAACUACUCAAUGUCGGACUCGGUCAAUUACAAAUACCGGGCGCUGGUAAUACAGCACCCGAAGCUCAACCACAGUGGCGAGUACAUGUGCUCGGUACAAACGUACGAAUCGUUCGAUCGUAAGGCUGCUCGAUUUCAAAUCGUCGUUCCGGAGAAGGCGCUGCUACUUCACUAUGAGAACGAUGCUGAAAAGGAAAAUAUGCUGCUGAUCAAGUGUAGCGUGUUUAUGAUUUAUCCCGAACCGAAUCUGGUGCUAGUGUAAGUAGAAAGGAGCUGGUUUCUUUGUUCUUUAUUCUAUACAAAAGGUAAAUAAAUUUGCUAAAGUGUAUCUAAAAAUCAUGGAUGCACCAUGGUAUGAGUCUUGAAUGCUUAGGCGGAAUAAAAUUUUAUUUUGUGGUAUGAAUUGUUUUCAAAGCUCACAGGGGGCAGCAAACAUCUGUUUGCUGAAUCAAAAUGUUUUCAGGUUAGAUAAAACACUCUCAAUCAAGUUCCAAUUAUAUUAAACAAUCAUAGCAAUAUACAUAAUGUUUGAAAAUUAAUUUUUGGAAAGUUGGUCAGAGCAUAAUUUUUAUCUAGUGCCUAAAAGAUUUAGGAUGAUGAUGAUGAUGAUGGUCCCGUCUCAUACCCCUACAAAGGGGUGAGCUGGACGAUUUAUCUAAAUGAUAAUAAAUAUUGCAUCACAUAUUUUAACCAGUUAACUAAACAUAAAACGAUCUGGUUAAUCCAGCAGGUAUAGAUUCUCCUUCUAAAGUACAACUGAGAACAAGAAAACAUUCAAAUAUUUCCGAUUUACUAUCCAGGAUCAUUCAAGAAAAUUUCCAACCCGGGAAGAUCCUUGAACAAAUCAGGAAUCGAACCCGAUAUCUUUGUCAGUAUCAGACAGUAAUUCACCUGGCCCUUCCCGCCGGACCAGUUCAUCGCUACACACAUCAGCUACGAUGGAGUAACGAGACUGCGGAUGAGCAGAGCCAAGCCCAAUUCCAUCAACAACUUCCGAUCCUUAUUAUUUCCGAAAUAUAAUCAAUAAAUAAUUCAUCAAAUCUUACAAAGUUAAGAUUCGAUCUCGACACGUAGAAUGCUAAAGCUCUCAAAAAUAAAAGAGAACAUAUCCAGUUUCAGUCAUAUUCAAUUUCCAGAUUGCCUCUACCUGCUUUGCGCGCGCGAGGCUCAUACUUUUGUAGACAACUCAUUUUUUUUUAACUAAACAAAUUAUUAAAAAUCCAUCAUCAUCAUACAGAACAUAACAACCUAAUGCGUCUUACUUGAAAAAAAAAAAACAAAAAUAAAAUAAAUACAAUCUUCGUCAUUUUACACAGAGAAAAAUGUACUAUAAAUCGAAGCUACUUUAAUAAAUACAUGAAGUUAAUUUUGAAAUUCACAAAAGAGAAAAAAAAUUAUUAGGUUUUGCACGAACAUGACAUAACCUCACAGAAAUAAACAGAAUGAACUUUUUUUGACAGUCGACGUGUACUUGUUUACAGUUUAAAAGUUCAUCAGAAGUUCUUCGUUCAAAUGUAAAAAUUGCAAGUCGCCUCACACUCAACAGAUUCAUACAUAUAUCGCUCCUUGAUGCUGGAAACACAUACAGGGCAAUCUUUUUAGUUAUUUUCACUGUGGAAUACGUUUUUAACAGGCACUUUUUCGUCAUUUUUUCAAUGUUUAACUUGCAGUCGCAAAACAAAACAAGUACACGGCAACUGUCAAAGAUGAACUUGAUUCAUCGG